AUGAGAAGCAGAGUAAUGGAUGAUGAGGAAGGUUUGGAGCUGUUGCAGAACAAUAAGAAGGCAAACAAGCUAAAAGUUCUGGAUCUUUCCGGUUGUGGAACCUUACCAACAAAACUUCCUGAUUUUCCUGAAUCCGGGAGCCUAGAAAUGCUAAAUCUUUCUGGCUUCAGAAGCAAGAAGCUGAAUAUCGAGAAUUUGUGGAACCUGAAAUUGCUAAAUCUGAACGGAUGUGAAAUAAAAAUGGUAAUUGGGGGAACCAUUGGAAUGCUGAAGUGCCUGGAAGAGCUUGAUCUCACCAACCUCCAAUGUGACAAUUGGAAGGAAUUGGUUGUUGAUAUUGGUGAAUUGCAAUCUAUAAAGGUCUUGAAAACUAUUGGACUAAAGCGUAUUCCCUCGUACAUGGAGUCAACUACCGAAGAAGAAGAAGAAGAUGAUGAUAAAUAUGAAGAGGAGAGUGAAGGAGAAGGUGAAGAAGGAGAAGAAGAAGAUGAUGAUGAAGAGGGGAGUGAAAGAGAAGGAAUUUUCGAUGACGAGGAUCAAGAUGAAGAUGGAGGAGAAAGGGGAGAAGAGGAGAAGAAGUCUACUACCAAAGAAGAGGAGGAGAAGGAGAAGAAGCGGAGGAUGAGAAAGAUGGAGAAGGAAUUCCUGAUGACGAGGAACCAAAUUACAAGAAAGAAGGCAAAAGUAAUUAUAAGGGUGCUACACACUUCAUUCCGAGUUGCUAAUCUCUCGGAACUAGUGGAGUUGGAGGAGUUAGCUGUCCAAAAUUGUGAUUUCGGACUCGAGAUCCCUCCCGUGGGAGACGUGGGCACAAAUGCUAAUAAUGACACCGCUAGUACGUGGUGGAAGGUAUCUAAAUUGAAGUCUCUGACGCUCCAUAAAGCAAAGUUUGUCGUGGCAGUAGAGAACAACAGUAGCAGCAUCAGUACUACUACUAAUAGUAGUACUGUUGCAACAACUCCCUCAUCAUCUCGGGUGUUGCUGCCGUCGUUUCUGUCGAAGCUCCACAUUUCGAACUGUUCGAUGCUGGAGUGGCUACCGAACUUGGAGAAUCUAGAAAACCUGACCGAAUUUACCAUCAAGGUGUGCAGCAAUCUACGACGGAUCCAAGGCCUAGAGCAUCUGUCGCAGAAAUUCAAAAAGUUGCACAAGCUAGAGAUAACAUCUUGCCGUGGUCUCCUAGAAUCCACAUUCGGCGGUGACAAAAACAUCGGCCCUCUACGGGAGUUGUGCAUCCGCAAGUCUGGCGGCGGCGUACCUCAUUUGUCGAACUUCCCCGGGCUUACGGCCUUGGAAAUCGGGGAUAUAGUUUUUGCCGACCGUGAUUCUGAGCUGCAGGAUUUUGUAUCGCGCCUUGAGGGGAUUGCCGGGCUGGCAAAUUUGGAGCAACUGAGGCUGUUUGAGUUGCUAACGUUAGAGAGGCUUCCUUCACUCUCCAAGCUACGAAAGCUGUCGAAGUUAGCCAUCCAUGAUCUGCCGAAACUGCGCGAGAUCCAGGGCCUUGCUGACCUGAAGUCUUUGGAGCGAUUGAUGCUCGCCGGUUGUGAAUCUCUAGAGAAGUUGAUACUGCCGCCUGCAGCUGAUCGCCGUUUGAAGGAAAUCGAUAUUCGAGGAUGUAAGAGCUUGCGUUCUGCUGAUCUCUCUGUUCUCAAGGCUGAUUAUCUGCCUGCAGGUGAAGUGCACAUCCAAUGGCCGCAUGAGCUGUACAAAUCUGAUGAUGCACCGGCGAUUUUCCCAGACGAGACUUAUUCGUCAGGCUGCUCAAUACAGUAG